AUGGGCCAAUUACCUUACUGGCAUUCUGUUGAACUAUCUGCUGGUGCAAGACCCAUACUACGGGAAAAAGAGGUUGACGUUUUGGUGGAAAAUUCAAUUGGGCUAUAUCAAGGGAAAUCAAAAAUAUUGAAUAGACAAAAUGGUCGUAUUUAUAUGACAUCUCAAAGAUUAAUUUACAUUGAUAAUGAAGAUUCCAAGAAAUAUUCUGUCGCUAUUGAACUUGCAGAUAUUGCUAAUAUUGAUUAUACUCCAAAGUUUCUAAAAUCGUCUGCAAAGAUUACAAUAUUCUUUAAAAAAUUAAAGAAACAGAAAGCAAAGAAAAUUACAAAUCAAUCUAUAAGAACAACUACAUGGAUUUGUCCCAUUUGUACAUUUCCCAAUAGUGUUCAAACAAAUAUCAAUCCUAACAAUACAGAAUAUUUACCAGUUUGUGAAACUUGUGGUAUAAAAUCAACAAGUGAAAUCAUACAAGAUGCAUUAAAUUCCAGCAAAUUGAAAGAACCUACAACACCACAUAAACCAUUAGCACCAAAGCAAAUAGCAUGUCCAACCUGUACAUUUUUAAACCAUCCAUCCUUAAGGAACUGUGAACUAUGUGGAACAAAUUUACCUUCAAAUCAAGAAAAUGAUGAUGAAGUUUCAAAUGUUGAUGAAUUACAAUUAUUUGAUGAUAGAAUUGAAAUAAGGACUGAAUCAAAUGAUGGGCUAGAAGAAUCAAAAUCACCAUUCAUUAAAUUAAGUUUCCAUAAAUCUGGUGAUAAAUUUUUCCAUAAUAAAUUGAAUGAAAAUUUAGAGAAAUUUAAUUGGGAUCUUGUAUUAAAUUCAGGAAAUGUUAAUAAAGAUUCUACAAAAGUGUUGAAUAAUGACAAUCAGGAUAUAAUCCAACCCCAAAGUAGUGGAUCUACAUUAGGGUUUGGAAUUCAUAGUCUUGCCAAACAACAAGAGUUGAAAACUUUUAAAAAUGAACAAAUUAUAAAUUCAUCAUUAGAUGAUUUACAGGCUUUAUUGAAUAAGGCAAAUGAAAUUUUAGAAUUAACCGAAUCAUUCAAGAAAUUAUCAAAUACAGAUAAUAACUUACAUCAACGAUCGCUAACUACAAUUAAUCAAGUUACAAAAGAUUUAUUAUAUGAUUCAAAUAAUGAAUCUCAAAAAAAAUUAUAUUUACAAGAGAUUUCAAGACAAUUGUCUGAUUUUUUAAUUAAUGAUUCAGUUUUAGAACAACAAGGUGGUAUUGUUACAUUAUUAGAUCUUUAUGCAUUAUUUAAUAGAGGAAGAAUUGGUAUAAAUUUGAUAUCACCUGAAGAAUUAUUUAAAAGUUGUGAGUUUUUCAAAAGUUUAAAAUUACCUUUAAUUUUGAAAAGAAUCAAUAAUGUAUUAGUUGUUCAAGACUUAAAAUUUGGGUUUGAAGAUGGUAAAUUAAUUGAAGACAUUAAAAUUUUUAUCAAAAAUUUUGGAGAUGAAGAUCAAUUUGAUUUUAAAUUUGCAAAUAUCUUGAAAAUCAGUGAUGCUUUCAAUUGGUCCAUUACAAUUACGGAGGAAGUUUUGAAAAUUGGUUUAAACCUUGGGGAAUUAGUUGUUGAUCAACAAAUUUCUGGUAAAUUUUAUUAUUUGAACGAAUUUAAACAAUUGGAUUCAUUCAAUGAAAAUAGGUAUGAAGAAACCGAAAUUCAAGCCAAUAUUGAUGAUGAUGGUUCUAAUAAUGAUCAAUUGAUUGAAAAAAGUGAUAAUAAAGCAUCAAAUACAUUCAUCUUCCCAGAAGCACCAAACCUUCAACCAUACCCAGAGGCAUCAACUCAAAGCAUUGGACAGAACGAUUCUGUAAAGUCAAGUACAAACCAUAAAUCGAAAUCAUUGCUUCAAUUAGAGGGACUACAAUUCUAGUAUAAACUAAUCAUAAACCUUGUUGAACCCCAAAUAUAUAAUAAAAUGCAUAUUUUUC